AUGACACGACCCGUGCCACGAAGACACGUUUGGAACCCAGCGGACUCGGACCUCUAUGAGCGGCAGGAGGUAGCGCUCUCCUUGUGGGCGGAAAAGCUCAAGGAGAGACAGCGGCUCUUCGCGGAGCGAGAGCACGUCUUCGAGGGCACUCGCUUGGCUCUGGGCGGGCCUCGGAGACGCCGCGUUCCCCCACCUGCUGCCUCACCUGCACCGGAGCAUCUGCCGCGGAGAGUGGACGUUUCACGCCGCGCUUCGGCCGCUCCCUCUCUCGCCACUCCGCUCCUCGCACACACACCCGCCGCCUCAUUCGCCGGACCUCCACCAUCGCCACGGCACAACGGCUACGCCUCCCACCUUGGCUCAACGGAGGCUACCGCGCCAGAGGCUCAGCUGUUUAUCCCGGCUGCUUCCUCUUCCCAGAGAAAGCGGCGCGCACGCCGCCAUAAAAUGGACUGUUUUCAGCAAUUCCCGAUGGUGAGUUCCAGCGACUGUUUUCCACCCUCAUUCGACUCACCACUUCAAACCAAUAAUAAGCCCAUCUCUGAUUCAUGGGAUGUUUCCCUCCUAGAGGAUGAAGUGGACUGGGAAGAUUUUUUCUGCUCUGCUCCCCCAAAGACUGUUCAGUCAAAGACUGUAAAUAGUGGUGGCAGAAGGACCAGAAUAAAUCCAGAUAGACCUGUCAGUAUCACUCACCCAGUCAUCAUUUCCACUCCUGUCAGUCAGCCGACACCCACACCUGUGCCCGCUCCCAGGACGAGGGCAGCUGUGACCCCGUAUACCUCCACACCCACUUCUGUUCCUCGGGUGGGGGUGACUGGUGUCCAGCCACCUCCCGUGCCUGUCCCAGCACCUAGGCUGAGGGCGGCCAGGAUCCGGCCUGACCCCCCUAGAGACUCAGCUGAGGCUCUCCAGCCAGUGCCCUCACGCUCUGGAGGCACGGAAGAGCCAAUCAGUCCACCACUUCAUCCACCACCUGAUCCAGCCUUUCACGCACUAGCUUUAUCCCUGGUUAGGCUGGCUGAAGUGUCCCCUGCUCAGGCACCAGCUUUACUAGCCCAGGCUGUAGCUUUAUCUCCGUCACUAGCUCAGUCUGUAGCUCAGCCAUUAGCCACACCAACCUCAGCUCCGUCGUCAGCCUCGCCUACCUCUGUUCAUCCCUUAGCAUCUCCACUCCAGUCAGUUCCCUCACCUGCUGUUCAGCUUUCACUCCAGUCAGUUCCCUCACCUGCUGUUCAGCUUUCACUCCAGUCAGUUCCCUCACCUGCUGUUCAGCUUCAGCCAGUCAGUUCCCUCACUGCUGCUCAGCUUCCUCCGUCAGUUCCUCACCUGCUGCUCAGUCUGUCCAGUCCCGUAGUCAGUCUCCCUGUCCACCCGUAG